AAGAGUAAGAAUUUGUUUCUAGACCCUGUGUGCAAAGAAGCAGCAACUCAAUGUGACCAUUCCAGGAAAGCAGCCAGAUGUGCCAAAAACAUCACCCGAGGUGUCUGCAUCCUUUCUCUGAUGGCGUUGAGUUCGCUGGAACUGCAGCUGAAGCCUCCAGCUCUGUGCUCUGCCUCUGAGGAGCCCAUGGCCCAGCCCCUGUGCACCCUGCUGCUCCUGCUAGCCGCCCUGGCUGGGGCCCAGGCCUGGAGCCCCGAGGAGGAGGAUAGGGUGAUCUCAGGUGGCAUCCAUGACGCAGACCUCAAUGAUGAUGAAGUACAGCAUGCCCUUCACUUCGCCAUCAGCGAGUACAACAAGGCCACCGAAGAUGAGUACUACAGACGCCCGCUGCGGGUGCUGCGAGCCAGAGAGCAGGUGGGUGCUGCCACCGCCCGAGAGGUCCUGAGUUCCAGCCUGCCUCAGAUCUUUGAGGGGGAGUUGCCCUGCCCUGGGCUCUUCCCUCUGGCCCCUCUUAGUGCUGGCCUGGAUGCUGGAGGCGGAAGGAACUGGGGGAAGCGAGUCGCCACCCCCUGCCCUGCACCCUUGGGGCUCCGGAGGCCUUGCACGGGCUGCUCCUCACGGGGCUGUGCUGGGACAGAAACCCUGCAGGCUGGGAAACAGCUGUGCUCUUUCCAGAUCUAUGAAGUUCCCUGGGAGGACAGAAUGUCCCUGACAGGGUUUCUGCAGUUCCUUUAUGAAGCCUCCUUGUUCUGCUGGUGUGGAGAUCAGAGGAGUACCUGGGAGCUGACGCAGCCACAGCAAGGCUGUCAUGGGAGCUGCUGCCACUUUCGGAGACCUGAGCUUCAGAACAGGAAGAGAGCAGCCAGGGGCUGGGAACCCAGGGCUGCAGCUGCAGCAGCCCCUGGAGUUAACCAAGGUUUUGGGUUGAAGAAGGUGCAGCAGCGCCCAGGAGGUCGUGAGCUGGGGAGAUUUGAGUCUGGGCCUCACCCGGUGUCGGGGGUGGGGGGUGCACACACACUGAUUCAGGCUUCUGUUGGAAGAGAGGGGCUGACAGCAGAGCAGCGGGUGCCCAGGAAUGGUGGUCAGGGGCGAAGUCUUCCCUGCAUGGAGAUCCUCAUGGUUCUCUUCCUGGUGAAGGGUCUGUCUUGA